AUGACUGAUUUUGAUUAUUCAGGCAAGUAUCUGCAAAAUUGCCAUUUUCUAGUGUCUAAUUUAUCCCUAUUUGCAUUUCAUCCCUUAGAUAUCAAUCCUGCAAAUGAACUGGAGAAAAGAAUUGCCGAUGCGUUCCUGAUUUUCGAUCAUCAUGGGAAUAAAACGGUGGACGUGCGUGAGAUUGGAACCAUCUUGCGCUUUCUAGGAUGUGUCCCAACGGAAGCAGACGUAAACGAAGUGAUAUCAGCCACAGAAUUUGAGGAUUCCAACGGUACUGUGCAUCUGUCCAAAUUUCUACCGUACGUUAGCCAGUUAAUAGCCGAGCAUAAAAUGGAACCAGCGCCACCGGAAAAGCUACUCAAAGCGUUCCGUGUGCUCGAUCAGGAAGGAAAGGGAUUCGUCGACAAGGAGUACAUGACCAAACUAAUCACAGAGGAAGGCGAACCGUUUACGGUGGAGGAGCUAGAAGAAAUGAUGGCAGUUGCAGUUGAUAUGGCAACGGAUAAAAUUGCAUACGAACUGUACCUAAACCAACUGCUGGUUGAUUUCUAG